AACUCACACACUGUACUUGUCUUGUAGUUCAGAGCAGCUGAGAGUCAAACAGGUGAACGACUGCAAUUCCUGUCAAACAGAUUGGUUCCAUCGUUAAACAAAGCUUUUUUGAAGACCCUCGUCAGCAAUUGACUCUUCAAAUGUGCGAUGCCCAAAAGUGACACCUGGCCAGGGGGCAUUUCCAUUGAAUCUGUGUCUGGAAUGGACAGUGCCGGAAGCUGUGAUAGUGUGCAUAGCAUCACCUCUGGAUUUAGUGAUGGCAGUCUGGAGCACCUUUCCGCGGAGGAGAAAGCCUGCUUGAUGUUUCUGGAGGAGACCAUUGAGUCUUUGGAGGCAGAAUAUGACAGCGGUUUGUCAAACGAUGAGCCUGAUUGUCCAUCCAAUGGCCUGAAAGAAAACAUUGCUCAUCCGACCUCCAUCAGUCAGAACAAAUCUCAGGAGUUCUCUACCCUCGAAGGUCAAGUCAAAGUGAUUGGAAAAGAUGGUAAACCUCCUCAGAAGUACCUUGUGCCAACCCCAUUGCUCCUUGCCAGUGGAAAUGACAAGAUAAUCAAACCUGUGGUAAAGGCUCCAGUAGAAGCACCUGUGGUAAAGGCUCCAGUAGAAGCACCUGUGGUAAAGGCUCCAGUAGAAGCACCUGUGGGAUUUAUUGAUGCACCUGAUGGGUUCAGAUCAAGCCCCGACCAUCAACAACAUGGACGGAUAGUUUCAGAAGAUGCUCCUUCAAAAGUAGUACCAAGCGUUGGACUGUUAAGUGAUGUGGUGGACUUGCCACCUUCUUUCAUACCUGAGCCUCCAGUUAAAACAGGUUUGUGUAAUGAAACCAAAGCCAAAGUUGGUGCUUCAGAGAGUUUAAAUGUCAAAUCCCAGGUAAAGGUGCAAAAGGUGUCCUCAGAGGUGCCACUGGAAUUCAUUCCUCCACCUUCAGAUUUCAUGGACAAACCACCGGAGAAUGUAAACCUUGCUUAUUGCCCGCCACCACCCAUUUACGAUGAACCCCCAGAAUGGAUUCCCGAACUCCCCAAUGUGGAGCCACAUACUUCUGCUGGAUCUAUCAAGCCAACAGAGGUGACCAAAUCACAAACUGUUGACCCAGAAACAUCAAAAGUCUUAUUAUCCCACAAUGAGAUUGAAAAUCUACGCAAGAAGGCCUCCAUUAAGAAGGCACCACACUUGGCACCGAUAAUGGUUGCACAGCAUUCUUCUGUAGACAAACCGAUGACGCCUUCACCAUCAUCUGAACACAUUCCUGCUUUACCAAAAGACUACAACGACUCUAAAAGCCCGCCUGCGGUAGCACCCAAACCCAAGAAACUCCCAUCCAAUAUCAUCCUCAAAAGUCACAAAGACACCGGGACGACCCAUUCAUUACUACCGCAAAACGAACGCAGUCAGAUGGAUCCGCAGAAAAUCCGAAUGGAGGCUUUGAUGAAACUAGGCCUGCUGAAGAAUGAAGAGGUUGAGACAGGUCCCAUUGGCAUCUCUCCCUCUCAUUCACCAACAUUCAAAGCUAAAUCUCAUCCACAGUCACCCGGUCACUCGAUAGCACCUUUAGAAACUGUUCAAGAACCAUCCAGACUUUCUGAAAGUCCAGUGGACGUGCAUCAACCUACAGAAGCUAUAAAGCACCAAGAGGUAAAAAGCAGGGAAGGUUCUUUCAAAAAGCAAGCAGUAAAGUCCUUCCAGAUCAAAUCGGCAUCCUUGGAUCGUGCUGUGAUUCCUCCACAGACAUCAAAUCCAGAAAGGACCAAUGUUGAGUUGUCACCAGGCCAGUUACGAAGAAGUCGAGCUGGACCUUCUUCUUUAGGGAGUGCAAAGGAGUUUAGUAUCAGCCAUUUGGCUGAAGAGUCACACAAAUUGCUUCACGGAGCUGCAGUCCAGCACAGCAAUGAGCCCCAAAAGUUGCCUCGCCACAACGGAAUAAGCGUUAUGAUUUCCCCAAAUGGUAAAAAUGGUGAGAAUCGAAGGGAAGCCUUGAAGAAACUGGGAUUACUGAGGGACUAAUCAAGCAGCUUUUGUGGUCUUAAAUGACGUUGUCCUUGGAAUCUGGAAUCUUUGGAAUAUUAAUUAGUCAUCUAUUGGUGUUCCAAUCUUCUGAGACCUUUAUUCAGCCUUAGAACUAGUGAUGGGAAGUUUGGAUCAUUUUACUGACUCAAGACCUUUGAGUCUCAUUUAUGGAGAUGAGCGAAGCUUUUUUCGUUCGAGUCUUUUCGUUCAAUGUGCCAAAAUAACUUAAUGUUAAGAGAUGCUUUCAAACACAUCUAAAACUCACCCAAACGUUGCUCACACUACAAACUAGUCAUAACUUAAAUGCUAAUAUACGAUGCAAUGCUAUUAAGAAAGAGAAAAUAAUCCUUCAUUGUUUACCUGGUGUUUUAUCUAGGAUUAGCUCUGCUCACCUCUUCUGGCAUGUCUUUAAAUUUAAGUUGUUCAUUCACCUGACACUAACAGUUCUAUAAACUUAACCAAGUCUGAGACGGAAACACAAAUGAUUAGUUCAUCUUUUGAAUAUUCAGGAUUUUUAGUCUUUCGUUCAUCACGAGACAGCAUGUAAAGAGAUGAGUCCAAACCGAAGACUCAAAAAAUAAACGGAUCAAAUCUUUUUCCAGCUCUUAAUGCAUGAUUGGUGUAAUCUCACCGGUCCUACGCCACCCAACCCGCUCCGAGCCGGUAUCGAACCAGCGUCCUUCUGCAUGGAAGCCAGUUGCUCUACCAAGGAGGCUAAAGACCAUGGCCUCUAGUGUCUGUCGCUAGAGCACCUUUAGAGGUCAGAGGAGUGAGGUUUACCUGCACAGCACACACUAGCUGGCCUCCGUUACAUUGGCUUCUGUCUUUCACGUGAUGAACAAACAACUAAAACUGAGGACUUGAGAGAUGAACAGAUCAAAUCUUUUUCAACCUCUGACUGCAUAUGAUUGGCUUUUUUCUUUAACAUGAGGAACGAAAGACUCAAACCCAAUAAAAGACUUGAAAAAUAAACUAAUCUUCUACUCUACCUGCACAAAUAUGCACAUGCGUGAAUGAACGAAUCACUCCCUGAGAGGAAUCAUCAUUCUCUAGUGACAUAAAAAAUUCGACAAAUCGUUCAAGAACAACCCAUCACUUUUUGGAACGCAAAUUAAGAUAUUUUAGAUCAAAUCAUCAAAAUCCAUAGACAGCAAAAAAAUGUAAAAAUGAAUGGUUCACCUGUCUUCCACAUUAUGUGCAAUAUGAUGCUUGCCCAUCGUAAACACAUCUGAGAGACGUCAAAGGCAAACAAAGUCAUCAUUACAGUUUUUUGCAGCACAAAAGAGUUAUUAGCACUUUGUAUGAUUUCAGUUGAACCACAGAAGUCACAUAGUCUGUUGUGAUAAUGUUUUUUUGUUUCUUUUCUGUACUUCUCUGGAUCGUUGCUGUUUAUGAAGGGUCAGACAGCACUUGGAUAUAAUCUAAAAUGUCUUAAUUUGUGUUACGAUAAUGAAUGAGGGUCUCAGGGGAUUGGAAUGACAUGAGAGUUGGUAAUUAACAGAAUUACUGUUUUUGUGUGAGCCAAUCUUUUAACAGCCUGAUUACACAAUUGAUACAAUGGACAAAAGAUUUGUAAUUUCUCGUAAUUUAAUUUGGUUAAGCGACAUCAGCAUGAAUCCAGAAAUAUUUGUUUUAAAAUGUUCAUAUUUUUCUCAUUAUCAAAAAUGUGCUUUUGUAAACAAGCUAUCAACACUAGAGCCACAAACCCAUGGCAGGACCAUGUUCACUUAUUAUCGGUCAGUUACGAAAGAGUUGAGCUUGACCUUCACCUGUAGGCAGUCCAAAUGACUUUAGUAUCAGACAUCAGCACUAAGAGACAACUAAUCGCUGCUGUUAUAUUCAGCCUCACAACGAUGCCCAAAAUUUGCCUCAACCCAAUGGAAUAAGCUUGAUGAUCUCCCCACACUCUCAUUACUGAAGGACUAGUGGUGUGACCUUUCUCUGGGUACUUAAUUGACAAUUAUUUUUGGAUGGAAAAAUACAGACUUUGACAAUAAUUGUGAUGUGUUUGUUUUCGGCUUGGCAGUUUAUUUGCAUCCUUCACUAGCUUGUAAUCUGACAAAUAAUCUUGUUUCUGACACAUUUUCUAAAGGUUUUCCAAUCUAAACUACUGCUACAAGCUAUAAACCCAGAGAAGGACCCAUGUUGAGUUGUUGCCAGGUCAGUUUCGAAAGCUCAAACUCCUUUUUAUAGGGAGUGCAGAUGACUUUGGUAUCAACCGUCAGACUAAUGAGACUCAAUCAUUGGAUGCUGCUGUGUUUCAGCUGGACAAAAAUACACACUAAAUAAACAGAUUAAGUGUGAUGAUCUCCCUGCACUGUAAAAAUGGACAGAACCAAAGAGAAAUAAGCCUGGUGAAGCGUUUCUUUGGGUUCUUAAUUCACAAUUUAUUCUGGGUCGUCGGACCAAGAAUUUUGUAAGAUUUUGAAGCAUUGAUCUUUGGGGAAAGAUCAAAAGCUGACAAGGUCUCAUGUUAUAUUGACUUUGACAUCAUUUGUGAUGCUUUUGUUUUCAGCUUUGUGGUUAAUUUGCUACCCCAACUGCCUUAAGUCAAUGGCACAAUGUAUAAUAUACAAUAGGCACUUUCUUGUCAAUGGACUGAUUUCACGCGGCCAUUUUUAAAAGUGAAAUCGAGGCUGCGGUUGGAAGAAACCCGGAAGUAUCGUUGGGAGUUACAUAGGAACGUUGUGUACCUGGCUGUAUAUCUUAUCA